AUGGCGGCGGGCCUGGGCGCGGGGUCGCAGUUCAGCCGUCCGGUGCCGCCGCCGCCGCAGACGGGCUGGGAGCGGCUCAGGGAGCUCUGGCAACGCGACGAGCGGCAGCGGUACCCGGAGGAAACGGUGAACAUCUUCAAGGCGGCCUUCACCGCGGGACUCGUCGGCUGGUUGUACGGCGGGCUGCCGGCCUUCCACCAGGCCCGGAAGGCUUUCAUCGCGGGUAGCCACGGGGAGCUUUUCCAGAACCGCGCCGAUGCGGUGCAAUCUGCGCAUCGGGCUGGGCUCAGGAGUUUCAUCCGCUAUGGCUGGCGCUGGAGCUGGAGAGUGACUGUUUUUGUGACAAUGUUCAACAUGGUGAGCACUGGUUUGUCUGUGUACCGCAAUAAGACCACCAUCAGUAAUUUUGCUUCAGCAGGAGGCUUCACAGGAGCCCUUUUCAGAAUGCACUUGGGCCUGCAGGGACUGGCAGGUGGCUUUGUGUUCGGAACAGCAUGUGGCAUCCCUGCAGGGGGGCUCUUAAUAUUAAUGCAGAAGCUUGCUGGUGAGACCUUGCAGGAGAAGAGAAAUCGUGAGCGCAGGGAGCUGUAUGAACAAAAGUUAGCAGAGUGGCAAUCCAGGCUCAGUGUGACUGAAGUCUUAGGCCAAACAGAAAGCAAUGCCCAGGGAGGAUCAGACAUGAGGAAGAGAAUCUAAGAACUACUGAGUCUUCCCCAGAUCUCUGUUGUAAGCAGCUACAAAGAUUUUGAUUCUCCUUGUAUAAGUCUUCAGUCCAGGGGUCAUGGAAGUCUUCUGUGAAUGCAGUUAUACCCUAUGCACUUGUGAGAGAGCAUUUUGCUGAAAUUAUUCGUGGAUGCAUAUCACUGCACAAGAGCUUGGAAGGGCCAAAUGUGUUUCACCUGAGAAGGAAAAGCCUGAAGUGCAGACUCUGCCGGCUAGAAAGUGUCAUCUAGGUUUGGCAGGGGUUGAUGGCAGCCCCAGAGCCUUGUCUGGAACCCAUUUCACUGCUGAAACUGUCCAAACCACCAGUGAUGUAGAAAUAAUGGAGCCUGUAAGUAUUUUGGAUGCUAAAGGUACACUGAUUCCAAAAGCUAAUUAUCCUCUACUGAAAGCUGCUCUUCAGACAGUGCCUGAAGAACUUGCUAUUGAAGCUCAGUACAGGUAACACCAGUGCAAGCAGUUCUCCUUGUCAUCCCCCUGCCACAGCCUGGCUUGGCCUGGCAGGGACCCAGGCUGUUUUGCUGCUGGUGGGUUCUUCAGGCCUUUUUUAGCAAAAACCCACACUUGGUUGCUACAGUGCUUGGAAUAUUUUGCAGUGUUGAGAAAGGGGGGAGGAGCGGGAAUGAUACGUGAAUACCCUGAAAAAGACAUGGUUUGGGUUCCUCAACAGAAGUGUGGUUAAGGAGGCUACAGAAAAUGAUGACUUGUUUGUGGGCUGAUGGUGGAAGGAUUGGCGCUGUGGACAGUUUUAGUGACAAUAAAAAGGCCUCUAAUUUCAUUAGAAGAUUAGAAUCCGGGAAUUACCUUUGGAAGAAAUGUGGUUGAAGACACUCAAUAAAGCCAUCUAG